AUACUUUUUAGCUCAGUUUAGAUUAGUGUUUUCUUUAUAUUUCCUAUCAUGUUUAGUCUCCAAAUGAGGAGCUAAACUCUUCCAUCUUGGUUUUGCUACUUUGAAGCUUAAUGAAUUUGAAGAUGGACAAUUCAUGGGCAGGGGGUGGAGGAAGACACAAUGUCACCUAAAUAUUCAAAUAGAAAAGGCAUCAAACGUGCAAUGUCUGUGUUGCUCUUCAUGUUGGCCUUAACAGAAAGGGCAAGAUUGCAUUUCUGGGUCCAGCAGUUUUAUAUAAGGCUCAAGAUUAGGCAGAAAGAGCAGUUGAACCAUACUAGGUCCAAGGGCAUUUAGCCCUUGUACUGCACCAUAACGCUAAGGCAGUGCCUUCAUUGGAUCUAGAAAUGCAUGCAGCAAAGUCCCUGUGAACGCGGGGCUAGAAAGUCUGGUACACUUCACCAUACCUUUUACUUACCAAAGUAACCAACUUGGUAGUAAAGUCUAUAAGCAAGUGGUUGUCUGAAAGUUUAUUUCCCAGUCUCUUUGCAACAAGGCAAGUAUUUCUAAGUCACUCUUAUAUGGUCUAUAACUUUUUAUAAGGAAAGCUUGUCAUGCACUGAUUGAAACUUUUAUGGUAUUUCAUACUCCCUCCGUCCCCUUAUUAAAUUCUUAGUUUGACUAGCACACAGUUUUAUGAAAAUUUAAUAAAGUAGUUGACUUUCCUAAACUACCCCCCACUCCCUCGUGCUGCACAAAAAAAACGAAUACAAGAAAAGCAAGGAGGAAAUCUGUAUUGAGAUAAAACAUGAGAUCAUGGGAUAAAAAAAGGGGGGUAAAAGUACAUUUGAGUUGAUGGUUCUACAGUACAAGGCAAAUCCAAUUUCAGGGCAUAAUCCCUAUGCGUACAGACUCCCAAAAGUCCCUCCAAAUUUUUGGAGGGCUCUAUACAAAUCUGGGAAUGAAAUUUUAAAUUUCCCCCCAAACCCAAAACUUUACACUUUAAAAGAUUACAACAACCCAAACCCUAUCAUUUACUACCCCAAUGGAGCUUUCUGAGUCUCUCUCUCUAGAACCUGAAGCUGCCUUAAAUGGAACUGCAGGAGGAACAACUGCUAUAAAUGGCCAUGGAGGUACUCCUUUCUCAACAAGCAACGCAGGUGGCAGUCCAGUUGUACCUGAAACACACAAUAGUGAAGGCAGUCAAGGUUCAACAAAGAAAAGGCCAAAAUUAACUAAUGCACAAAAAAGUUGUCUGGUAGAAAAGCUUUUAGCUAACUUCAACAAUAGAAAACUUCAGAGGGGCAUUGUAAAAGAUACAGCCGAAGAAUUCAACUGUUCUACGCAUACGGUUAACAUUCUGUGGUCUAAAGCAAAAAGACAACUGAGUGAUGGGGUGCCUAUAAAUGUUAAAGGCCAAUGGAAGGGUAAUGUGGGCAGAAAAAGAGUUGCUUUUGACCCAGAAAGGUUGAAGGAUAUUCCAUUGCAUAAAAGAAAGAACAUCAGGUCACUGGGAUUUGCCCUGCAGAUGUCUAAGUCUGCAGUGCACAGGUUAGUCAAAGACAAGCAAAUAAAGAGGCAUUCCAGUGCCAUCAAGCCCCUACUUUCACAUGAUGGAAAGGUGAGAAGGUUAAAAUUCUGUCUAUCUCAUAUUGUGCCUAGGCCUUUCCCACAAAAGUUCACUUUUCAUCAUUUCUUUGACCACAUUCACAUUGAUGAAAAGUGGUUCUUUUUAUCUAAAGAAACCACAACAUACUACACUCAUCCAGAAUAGGUGGACCCCUACAGAGCUGUUCAAUCCAAAAAAUUUAUACCCAAAAUAAUGUUUUUAGCAGCUGUAGGUAGGCCUAGAUUUGGGGAGGAUGGGGCAGUGCUAUGGGAUGGAAAGAUUGGUAUCUUUCCAUUCACUUAUGAGGAAAAAGCUAAGAGAUGUAGUAAGAACAGACCCGCAGGCACAAUGGAGACCAAACCCACAUUAAGUGUAACUAGGAAUGUGAUUAAGGAGUUGGUCCUACAGAAAGUACUCCCAGCAAUCAGACAAAAAUGGCCAGAUGCACAAAACAGAAACACCAUCAUUCAACAGGACAAUGCAAGGCCACAUAUAAAACUAAAUGAUGCAGAUUUUGUCACGGCUGCUACUAAAAAUGGGUGGAACAUAAAACUAAGUUAUCAGCCAGCAAACAGCCCAGACCUGAAUGUGUUAGACUUGGGUUUUUUUCGUGCAAUUGACUCACUGAAGGAACAGAAAUGCCCUAAAACAAUUGGUGAAUUAACUGAAGCUGUCACACGUGCUUAUGAUGACCUAACAGCUUACAGUUUGAACAAAGUUUUUUUAAGUUUUCAGUGUGUCAUGGAGCAAAUUCUGAUGCACAAAGGUGGAAAUAACUAUAAGCUCAAGCAUAUUGGGAAAGACAAGCUCGCCAGAAAGGGGAUGCUACCACUCAAUAUGGAAAUCAAUCCUGAGUUGGUGGAGGAAGCAAAAGCAUCACUUGUACAGAUGCUAUCAGGGGCAGGAACUGAGGCCGUUUCCACUGAGUUCAUAAGUGAAGAUCAAGGUGAUCUUCAAGAAUGAACUUAGAUCACAAAGUGAAGUUUUUGUAUGUACUCACUGAAGGACAACUUUUUUGUCAGUACUGCCUUAUAUACAUGCCUAGACUACAACUUUAUAAUGUAGUGGCACAGUAGUAGGUUUUGGAAAAUCUUUUGUACACUUAAAGGCAG